AUGCCAAUCCUACAGAAAGAGACGACCAGAGACCGAGACAACCAAGUGCUGCCGAAGGUCCCGGUGCCCCCGCUGAAACAAACCCUGGACACGUACCUGAGAUGCGUCCAGCACCUGGUGAAAGAGGAGCAGUUCAAGAGAACCAAGGCCAUGGUGGAGAAGUUCGGGGCUCCUGGGGGAGUCGGAGAGCAGAUCCAGAAGAAGCUUUUAGAGAGGAGGGACAAGACGACCAACUGGGUCUAUGACUACUGGCUGGAAGACAUGUACCUGAACAACAGGUUGGCUCUGCCAGUCAACUCCAGUCCCGUCAUGGUGUUUCCCAAGCAGACGUUCAGAGAUCAGAAAGACGCUCUCAGAUUCGCGGCUCAACUCAUCAGAGGCGCGUUGGACUACAAGCGACUCAUCGAUGAGCGAGCGCUGCCGGUGGAGUCCGCUCGAGGCCAGUUAGCCGGAACCCCCCUGUGCAUGGAGCAGUACUACCGCCUCUUCACCUCCUACCGCUACCCGGGGCUGAAGACAGACACGCUGAAGGUGCAGACCAACGCAGCCUCCUCCUCGGCGCCAGAGCACAUCAUUGUGGCGUGCAAGAACCAGUUUUUUGUGUUGGAUGUCGUCGCUAACGGCAAGCAGCUCAGCGAGAUGGAGAUUUUAUCCCAACUGGAGAAGAUCAUGAAAAUGGCAGAAAACGCUGAAGAGAGACUUCCUCCUUUCGGAAUCCUGACAUCUGAUGGGAGAACGGAAUGGGCCCAAGCCAGAGAUGCACUGACAAAAGACCAAACCAACAGGGACUCUCUGGCUCUGAUCGAGAGCUGCCUGUGCGUGGUGUGCCUGGACGAGCCCAGCGGCCUGGUGCAGAGUGACACCAACAGGGCCCUGCUGAUGCUGCACGGGGGCGGCCGCGAGAAGAACGGGGCAAACCGCUGGUACGACAAGUCAAUGCAGUUUGUCGUAGGAAUGGACGGGACGUGCGGGGUCGUGUGUGACCAUUCGCCAUUCGAGGGGAUAGUUCUGGUGCAGUGCUCUGAAUACCUGAUGAAAUAUGUUAUUGGGAGUCCGUACAAGAUGGCGAGGCCUUUCAGCAUCAGAGAGCUCCCGCCUCCGAGGAGACUCCUCUGGAAAUGCAGCCCCCACAUCCAGGGAGUCCUCGCGGCAUCUGGAGAAAGACUCCAGAGGCUGGUGAAUAAUCUUGACAUGGACGUUUUCAAGUUCACAGCUUAUGGAAAAGAAUUCAUCAAAAAGCAGAAUAUGAGUCCAGAUGCGUUAAUACAAGUUUCCUUACAACUUGCAUUUUACAAAUGCAGAGGACGGCUCGUGUCCACAUACGAGAGCGCGUCCAUCCGGCGUUUCCAGGAAGGUCGGGUGGACAACAUUCGCUCUGCCACCCCCGAGGUCCUGGCCUUCGUGAAGUCCAUGACAGACGAGAGGGUCACUUUCUCCGACUCGGAAAAAAUGAAACGAUUGAGGGAUGCAAUUAAGGCCCAGACAAAUUAUACGAUUGCAGCGAUUACAGGCAUGGCUAUAGACAAUCAUUUCCUCGGGCUCCUGAGAAUCUCAAGGGAGAUGAACAUGGAAAAGCCGGAGAUCUUCUGUGACGAGACAUAUGUGGCCAGCAACCACUUCAUCCUCUCCACCAGUCAGGUUCCGACCACAGUGGAGAUGUUCUGUUGCUACGGCCCCGUGGUGCCCAACGGCUAUGGCGCCUGCUACAACCCGCAGUCAGACCACAUCAUCUUCUGCGUGUCUAGUUUCUGGGAGAACACAGAGACGAGCUCUGCGGUUUUCGUCAAAGCCCUGAACGAGGGCCUGCUGGAAAUCAGGGACCUGUGCAAUAGAGGAAGCGCCGCGGCGGCCAAACCGGGAGAAAGCAGCCAAGGAGCCGGCCGGCCUCAUAAAUCAGGGAAGUAA